AUGCCAAAACCGCCUUAUUCAAACUUUUUACUCGCCAAACUCCGUCCACGUCCUGCAGCACUUCCGUCUCCUCCGAUUCCUCCUUCUGGCAACAUCAUCUUAACUGGACCACUGUACUUCCACUGCACAUGCGCACAACAGCGCCCCCGCGCGGCGGUGGAAGCCAGAAGUUCACGUGAAAUAAACUCAGCCUCCACCUUCUUUAUUUAUGCCUCGUCAUGGCGGCGGAGGCGCCGCCUCUCCGGCUGUUGGGACUCCGCUUUCAGCCACAACAAGGAUGAAGUCAGCUCAGAGGAGACACCGACCUGCUCAGAGGCGAGCGCUGUGAGCGAGGCAGACACGGAGGGCAAGCAGAAAAGCAGCGGCGCUGCGCCUGAGUCAGAACCUGAGUCAGGAGAUAAACAGAAGCACGAGGCAACAGCAUCUGAACAGGAGGGGGAGCCGUCGAGUAAGAAAUCCCAGGAGCAGGCUGCUGAGCCUGGGCCCGCUGAUGGAGCUACCUCUCCUGAGGAGGAGCAACUGAAGCCUCAAACUAGAACCUCUGCAGGCAAAGGCCUCUCACGCCUCUUCUCCUCCUUCCUCAAGCGCCGCUCGCAGUGCUCCGAGGGCGAGGGGUUUGAAGCUGAGAAAGCCAAGGAGGAAAAAGAGGAGAAAGCUGAGAAGCAAGAAGAAGUGAAGGUGGAAGAGGUGAAAAAGGAAGAAAAAGAGUCUAAAAGUGCAGAGGAAAAAUCAGUAUCCAAAGAAACUACAAAGACGGAAGAAGAGAAAGUAGAACAAAAAGUAGAGAAAAAGAAAGCAGAAGAAAAAAUAGAAAAGAAAGGCAGCAAAAAGAAAAAGAAAGAAUCAAAGAAGAAAGUGCAGGAAAAAGAUGAGGAGAAAGUGAAAAAGGACCAGACUACAAAGGAAGAAGAAAUAUCAGUAAAAAAAGAGGAACAAAAAGAGGAGGAGAAGGAUAAGGAGGUUGUAGAGAAGGAGGAGGAGGAGGAAAAACCAGAAACAGAAAAAGGAGAAAAGGAGACUGUUGAGGUUAAAGACAAAGGAACACAGGUUGGAAGGAAAGAAGAGGGGAAGGUUGACAAGAAGGAGACAAAGAAGAAAGAAAAGGAGGAAAAGAUAAAGAAGAAAGAAGAGGAGAAGGCAAAGAGGAAAACUGAGGAAGAGGAAAGGAUACGAAAACGAGAAGAAGAAAAAUUAAAGAAAAGAGAAGAAGAAAAGGCAAGAGAAGCAGAAAAAGCCAAGAAGAAAGAGGAGGAAAAGGCUAAAAAGAGAGAGGAGGGAAAAGCAAAGGAAGAAAAGGCUAAAAAAGAGGAGGAAAAAGCAAAGGAGGAAAAGACUAAAAAGGAGGAGGGAAAAGCAAAGGAGGAAAAGACUAAAAAGGAGGAGGAAAAAGCAAAGGAGGAAAAGACUAAAAAGGAGGAGGGAAAAGCAAAGGAGGAGGAAAAAGCAAAGGAGGAAAAGACUAAAAAGGAGGAAGAAAAAGUCAAAGAGGAAAAAAACAAAAAGAAAGAACAGGAGAAAGUAAAAGACAAAAAGGGAAAAAAGCAAGAAGAGGAUCAAAGAAAAGAGGAGUCCACAAAAGAAGCAGAAAAGGUAAAAGAAGAAGCUAAGAAAAAAGACAAGGAAGAAGAGGAGGAAAAGACUGAAGAAAAGCAGCAGAAGGAAGAGGAAAAAGGAAAGAGAAGAGAGAAAGGAAAGAGCAAAGGAAAGAAAGAGGAAAGGAAGGUGAAAAAACUGAUUGAGGAGCCGGUGAAAGCACCGAUUGCUGCACCAGAGCCCGAGUUAAAAACUGAGGCUGAACAGGCUCCAGAUCAGCAAUCGGUGAGCAGCACAGAGCCAGCUCCAGAGGAACCGAAGGAAGAAUCUGAGAUCAAGAAAGAGCCUGAAGUAGUGGAGGAAGAGAUAAAGGAGGACACAGACAAAAUUGAGGAGAAACCAGUGGAACGGAAGGAGGUGACCACAGGAGAGGAAAAAGCCACAGAGCAGGCAAAGAAGAAGAAACCUGUAAAAGAAAAGAAGACUGAAAAGAAGGUGGAGGAGGCCAAAGGCUCCAAACGUCAGAGAAACAUGCAGUGUAAAGUCACCUUACUGGACAACGCUCUGUUUGAGUGUGAACUUGACAAACACGCUAAAGGCCAAGAGCUUUUUAUGAAAGUGUGUGAUCAUGUCAACCUGCUGGAAAAAGAUUAUUUUGGCCUUGCUCAUUGGGAAACUCCAACCAGUAAGACAUGGUUGGACCCCGUUAAAGAAAUCCGGAAGCAGGUUCCUGGGGCUGUUUACGAGUUCACAUUUAGUGUGAAGUUCUACCCUCCUGAUCCAGCACAGCUUACUGAAGACCUCACCAGGUACUUUAUGUGUCUCCAGCUCAGGAAGGACAUCUUACAAGGUGUUCUUCCUUGUUCCUUUGUCACUUUGUCCCUGCUGGGUUCCUACACAGUCCAGUCAGAGCUGGGAGAAUAUGACCCAGAGGUUCAUGGAACAGACUACGUUAAAGAUGUGAGCCUGGCCCCCGGACAGAGCAAAGAGCUGGAAGAAAAAGUGAUGGAGCUGCACCGCACUUACAGGUCAAUGAGUCCAGCCCAAGCAGACAUGUUGUUUCUGGAAAAUGCUAAGAAACUUGCAAUGUACGGUGUUGACCUGCAUCAAGCCAAAGAUCUUGACGGUGUGGACAUUACACUGGGGGUCUGCUCGAGCGGUCUGAUGGUUUACAAGGACAAGCUGAGGAUCAACCGAUUCCCUUGGCCCAAAGUGCUCAAAAUCUCUUAUAAACGGAGCAGCUUUUUUAUCAAAAUCAGGCCAUCGGAGCAGGAGCAAUAUGAGAGCACUAUUGGCUUCAAACUUCCCAACUACAAAGCCUCAAAGAAGCUGUGGAAAGUUUGUGUUGAACAUCACACUUUCUUCAGGGUUCAGUCGGUGGAGCCGCCAUCGUCCCGUCGCUUUCUUGUUUUGGGCUCAAAGUUCCGCUACAGCGGUCGAACUCAGGCCCAGACUCGAGAGGCGAGCUCCAUGAUAGACCGCCCAGCGCCUCGCUUCACACGUUCAGCAAGCAAGAGGCUGUCGCGUAACCUGGACGGAGUUGUGAGCACACAGAGGGGCGCACGUCCUGUCAGCGCUCCGGUCUUCUCCCAGGCUGCUCUGGCAGAGGCAGGAAUCCCCAUGUCCCCCUUCGACCAGCCUCAGACCUCCACUCCCAUUAAAACCAGCCGCCAGGAGGACAGGAAGCUGGAGGUCACGGUGGAAGCUGCUGAGCCGUCAAAAGUUGAAGCCGCAUCAGAGGUCAAGUCAGCAGUGUGGAGGGAGCAGAGAGACGUACAGUCUUCACUCAUCUCCACCUUCAAUGGUGACGUUCAGCACGAGUCUGAGCUCGAGAAGACAAGCUUGGAGGGGGUGCUAAUGCGAAAGAAAAGAGCUAAGAAAUAUGAGGGUGACACAAUUUAUAUCAGACAUAGCCUUUUAAUGCUGGAGGACUUUGACGGACCUCAGGAGGAGCUGAUCCGGCACCAUGCCAGCAUCAGCGAGCUGAAGAGGAACUUCAUGGAGUCUGUUCCCGAGUCGAGGCCGAGCGAGUGGGACAAGCGUCUGUCCACUCACUCUCCGUUUCGUACGCUGGGUAUCAACGGUCAGCCUCUACCCGGUGCAGACGGGAGCGUGUGCAUUAGUUCCCUUUGCAAACCUUCAGAGACUAAAGCUUCUCACGAGGAAACCAUCAGUAAUCGGAGCUUUUCAGACACACCCAGCCCCACAGCGAGCCAUGAGAGCGGGCCUGAUGGUUUCGAAGCUCUCCACGCUCCUGUUGAGGAGAAGCCACACGAUCACGAGGAGGUUGUAGUUUUUGAUCCGCUCUUGGUGCCGAUCGUAGAGGUGGAAAUGGCCCAGCUGGCUCCUCCGUCCUUCGAGCCUUUCUGUAAAGGUUUAGCUGCGGUCCAGGAGGACGAAGGACUAUAUCCUGGAGUGUCGGAGUGCUCCGGGAGACCGGUUGGAUCUUCCCAAGCUUCCUAUUUCUGGAGCGAUGGUCCACAGGUCAUACGCUGCUUCCAGCCCCCUCUGGUGCAGACCCAGACUGUUACCAUCACAGCUGUUUCAAACACCCUGUCCAGCAACGUCUCCACCACAGAGGUCCCCAUCAUCCCCACCAAGACCUUCACCUAUGAGUCUUCAAAGGUGGCAGAUGAAGGAACAGACGAGGACAAAGACACCACAACAUUUUCCAGUUCUCAGACCAUUUCCUCAGAGACGACCAGCGGCACCACCAUCACCACCACCACUACUCAGAUCUCUAAAGUAGUGAAAAGUGGAUCCACGGAGACUCGUGUGGAGAAGAGGAUCGUCAUUUCUGCAGACGAUGACGGAGACGAGGAGAAGCAGGGCGGAGCGUCAGCGUUGUAACGACACUCGUGUUUCUUUGACUCAACACUCGGAUGCUCUCCACCUUCUGCAGCAGUUAACACACGGUCACCACUUCUGUUUGUGCACAAGACCUCCAAAUCUGCACCCAAAAUGACUGAUACUUUGUUUUGGUGUUGUUUUAAAGUUCAGUAGUAGGUAGGGCUGCACACGACUGAUGGAAUGCUUUUAUCAUUGCUGUGUUUUAAAGGCUUAGUGUGAACAUUUGUAUUGGUUGAACAACCAGCCUUUCAGUUGAGUGAUCUCAGUUUGCUUUAAAUGCUUUUAUUUUUCAGUGGUUUUUACAUGGAUUUUUAAAAAAUGCUAUUUUUUUCCCACUUUUAAUUCAGAAACCACAAUUAGCUUUUAUUCCCUUGGUGCUACUCGUGAAAACGUUCAAGUGAACUCCGAACAAG